UGCUGUGCUUGGCAAAUGCCCUGCGUGAGCCAUACGAUACGAACGGCAGUCGCACAUUCAGGUUUAUCAAUGCUGCUGAUGGAGUGAAUGUAAAUGAAAAACGAUCCAAACGAAUUGUUAACGGAAUCAGCAUCUAUUUUAAUCAUGUACACAUUGCAUAUGUACAUUGUUAAAAUAGCAUGUAUCGUACAGAUACAGAUUCACUAUACAGAAAGGCUAUAUACAGUUUCCUUCCAGGAGAUUUGUGAUCGUUUUGGAAAGAAGUAUACCUGGGAAGUGAAAUCCUCAGUGAUGGGUAAAAAAGCAUUAGAUGCUGCUAGAAUAAUCCGGGACUCCCUGGAGCUCCCGAUGACUCCUGAAGAACUAUUGGAGGAAAGUCGAAAGAAACAAGAAAAAAUAUUUCCUUCAGCUGAGCUGAUGCCAGGAGCUGAAAAGCUAAUCUACCAUCUGCACAAACACAACAUCCCCAUGGCAGUCGCUACCAGCUCUGCGAGUGUGACAUUUGAAAUGAAAACAAGCAGACACAAAGAGUUCUUCCAUUUGUUUCAUCACAUUGUGCUUGGAGAUGAUCAAGAUGUAAAGAAUGGCAAGCCACAGCCCGAUUCCUUUCUGGUUUGUGCUAAAAGGUUUAACCCACUGCCUUCCCCUGAAAAGAAUGGCCAAUUAUUUUUAGGCUCAGCUCACCACUACCACCUCCGUGCUGACUCGAGAGCGGCGAAGACGAACACAUGCCGUCCUCCGAAGCGUGUGCCACACUGCAGACCUACCAUGAAGCCACCUCAGAGCUACAACGUUGGAGGACAUCGCAGCUCUGGGCAGCUUACAGGCAAGCCCGCAGGUGCCCGGCCAGACUACAGGGGUCACUGGUGCGCGGUGAGCAGAGGACACCCUGGACAGCCUAAGCCCUCCUCCCCCUGGAGUGGGUUAUUGCACUCACAACAUGGCUUAUAUUUAUUUAUAAAAAAUGAAUCAAUAAUAUUUAAAACUUGAAAUUAAGUUUUAUUAACAUAUCCUUCUGCCAGUGUAAAAUAGUUCUAUACCGGGUCUUUAGAAGCUACAA